UUUAGUUUUUAUAGACUUAAUUUCUCAAGCCCAGUGUAAAUAAAUUUCCUUAAAUAAAAUGUUAAAAAGUUCAUGUGUCAAAGUGUUGAAAUAACUUGAUUGUUAUUUUGUUAUGCUGCCAGUGAAAAUGUCUUUAUGCGCAUAUCCCCAAGUAAGAAUCUACGAAGACUUUGAUAAAAUGAGUGCCAAAGAGGUGUAUUACAAUGAGGCGGGCAAGAAAAUUACCGUAAAACUGUUGCAUUUCCCUGAAGUACCGCCAGAAGAAAUCAGCAAUAUCACUUUUGAGGAGGAGGAGAAACAACAAAUGGAAAUAAUUAAUGGCAAUAAGCCAGUGCCGGUGGUAGAGGCCAUACCGCCAAAAGCUCUACCGGAGGAGGAUCUACUGGACAAUGAGGAGGAGGAUGACGACCCCGAAGAUACCACUGUCACCGAAACCGAGGCAGAUGAGGAUAAAGAAGCCGAUGAGGCUGAGGUGGCGGAAGAGGUUGUGCCACCACCACCUAAAAAGGAAGCUGUUCACCAACACAAGAAAGCCUUGCGUAAAAAGUCUUCGGGAAAUUUAAAUCAUGGCCGCAAGGUUAGCAUGGCCUUUGCCCAGGCCCAUGGCAUGGCUCUUAGCUCAACCAGUGGCUCUGUAACCAAAACCACACCCCCCACACCCACCAUCAUGAUACCACCCAGAACCCAGUUUGACCACAAGGACACCAUAGCCAACAUGCGCAAAAACUCUCUACUCAAUCGUCGUUCACCCUCCCCUCAUGCGCUCGCUGCUGGCCUCAGUCCCGGCUAUGCCCAGUACUCGAAAUCUUUACUAGAAGUCCCUUUACCUCGUGACUAUGGUUAUGCUUCCAGUGAUGAUCUAAGUUCGGAAUGGGAUUCAGAUGUACCCACCACCAACAACCAAGUGAAAAAGCCCUCUGGUUGGCGUAAGAUACGCAAUAUAGUACAAUGGACUCCCUUCUUUCAAACCUACAAAAAGCAGCGCUAUCCCUGGGUUCAAUUGGCCGGGCAUCAGGGCAAUUUCAAGGCAGGACCCGAACAGGGUACAGUGUUAAAGAAGUUGUGUCCCAAGGAGGAGGAUUGUUUUCAUAUACUAAUGAAAGAUGUCUUAAGGCCCUAUGUGCCGGAAUAUAAGGGCCAAGUAACCAGUGAAGAUGGGGAGUUAUACCUGCAACUCCAAGAUUUAUUAAGUGAUUUCUAUCAACCCUGUGUUAUGGAUUGCAAAAUAGGUGUACGCACCUAUUUGGAGGAGGAGCUGUCAAAGGCCAAGGAGAAACCUAAACUGCGCAAAGAUAUGUAUGAGAAAAUGAUACAAAUCGAUCCGAAUGCUCCCAGUGAAGACGAGCACAAGGCUAAGGGUGUAACCAAGCCUCGUUAUAUGGUCUGGCGUGAGACCAUUUCCAGCACAGCCACUUUGGGCUUUCGCAUAGAGGGCAUUAAGAAAAGUGAUGGCACCAGUUCAAAAGAUUUUAAGACAACAAAAUCCCGUGAGCAAAUCAAGUCAGCUUUUCGUGAGUUUAUAAGUGGUUUUCCACAUGCAAUGGCCCGUUACAUCCAACGUUUGCGUGCUAUUCGCGCCACCCUCGAAUGUUCAGACUUCUUUCGUAGUCACGAAGUUAUCGGUUCUUCUCUACUCUUCGUACACGAUCGCAAGCAGGCCAAUGUCUGGCUGAUAGACUUUGCCAAAACUGUUCUAUUGCCCGAAAAUCACUACAUUGAUCAUGCCAGCACCUGGAAGGUGGGCAAUCAUGAGGAUGGCUAUUUGAUUGGCAUUAAUAAUCUCAUAGAUUUAUUUUCCGAAUUGGAAAUAGAAAUUAAUACCAUAACAGAUUCAUCAACAGCAUCUUCCACAUCGUUGACUCCCUCCACCGGUUCCUCACCGGCAUCGCUGUCGCCUAAAAGAAGUAUAAGUGAAACGAAUAUGGAGGAGAAAGACAGACAAUUGGAGCAGGAAGAGGCUGAGGGAAGGGCAGAACACAAGCCAGAACAAAUUUUAACCGAAACAGACAAAUUAGAACAAGAGGUUAAUGCAGAUAAUAAAGAGGAUAAUGUGGAGCAUGCAGAAAUAUAAAAUAUUUUUAUAUAUAUUUUUUUUUUUAAUUUUAUUUAAAAUAUACAAUAUAUUUUUUUUUAAAAGAUUUAAAGCAAACAUAAUAAUACAUAUUUAAUUAAUUAAGUUAAAACAAAACAACAAUUUCUAAGCACUUUAAAGACUGAAAUUUAGUAAUUUAUUAUUUCUUUUAGUUUUUUUUUAAUAUUAUUAUUUUUACAAGUAAAUAAUUUUAAUAAUUUCUUAAUAUUUUUAAUUUUUAUUUGUUUAUAGUUUAUUUUUUUUUUAGGUUUAGUUUAUUGUAAUUUGUCCUAAUACAUAAUUUCCUUAGUAUUUUUAUUUAAAUUUUAGUUUAAAAUUUUUAAAUGUUUCUAAACAAGAAUAUUUUUAAAAUAAUUUCUAAAAUUAAUGAUAAUUUUCCUUAAAAUAAAUAAAUAAGAAAAUUAAAACAAAAAAAAAUUUUAAAUUAUACUAAUAAAUUAUUAAAUAUAAAAUUUUAACUUUAAAACAAAAGCAAAA